UCUCGCGAGAUCAAGCGAGCUUCCUUCUGGUCCAGCAUGGCAGCGCUGUAUGAGGGAUACACGUUGUGCGGGCUUGUUCCAGGUCAAAAUCAGUCAACUUCGGGUAUUCAGGGAAUCGAAGAAGAGAGAGAUAGCGACCAUGUCAUCGUUACCGACUCGACCAGAUCUGUGAUUCUGUACAAGGUUUCAGACCAGAAACCUUUGGGCAGCUGGACGGUGAAACAAGGACAAGUACUGACCUGCUCAGCAGUGUUUAACUCGCAGACCAAGGAAUAUGUGACAGUCUCGGACAACAAGGUUAUAAGAAUUUGGAAGGAAGAAGACAUCAUAUUAGACAAGGCUUUCAAAGCUACAGUGUCAACAGAUGUGUGGAAGGUGCAUUGUCCACGAGGAGGGGAGCCUGUGGUCUUGUUUCAGAGAGGAGCUGUACGACUGUUGGACCCCCUGCUUUCUGCUCCCCAGCAGCCAAUCGAAGAGGUCCUGACUCAAGAGGAGACCAUCAGGUGGAGCACCAGCCUGGUGGCAGAGACACGGACCGUUGUCGUCUACGCAACUGAACUGAAAGGAGAUAAUUUCCUCUACCUGCAGAGACUGAACCCCAACUCCCUACAGAGGUAUCGGCUGGAGGGAGAGGAUCCUGGUCUCUCCCCACUCAGCUUCUCUGCCUCCUACAGGGAUAAACACAUCUGCUUGCUUUAUCUCUACCCCAAUGGCCAUGUGUACCAGAGUGUGAUCUCUGUGCGGGGUCCAGGGGCUGAUGAAGGGACACAGGCUCUUCCGUUGCCUCGCAGUCUAGUGCUGAGCCUCCCUCUCAGUGAAGGCCUGCUGGAAGCAGCAUCAGCCGUGGUCCUUGAUGAUGCUCAUGUGGCAGUUGUGGGGGCUCCACAUCCCUGUGCUGGAGCUGGUAAAGACUUUCUCUGCAUCUGGAAUACUAAUUUUCAGAUUCUUCAAGCUGGAAAGGAAAUGGCGGGUAAAGUCUUUGGACAGCUAUGGAGUUAUUCAAACAAGUUAUUUAUUCCACAUGGAAAAUUCCUCUCUGUUAUACCAUUUGCAUGUCCCAAAUCUUCCCUUGCCUCUGCCCUGGGAAAACUAAGGCAGCCCAAGACUGAAGAGCCCAAGCCUCCAGCUUCGGUGCCAUCUUGGAAUAACAUCCUGCAUGGAGACACAGCUCGGCCUACAGAAACAAUAGAGACGAGGAAGACAAGAACAACCAGGAAGACUCAGUCAGCUCCGAAUUUAACAGUUGACCAAGUACUGGAACUCAUUAAGACAGCACCACAAGAGGAUGUCCAGGGAGAAGUAGAGGGACUCCUGUUCAGGCACGAUGUCAAAGACCUGCAGCCCUUGUUGGGACAGCUAGCUUCAUCCCUUGUGUCCCGAAGCCUGGCUGAUCCAGCCUUCUACUCACCCAGCACGCUAGCACAGCUUGUGCACACCAAGUGCCUCUGCCACAGUGUUUGUCCUGAUCUCAUUCCCCUGGCUCUUGAGAGGAAGGAUUACUUUCUGUGUCAGCUCUGCUUGCAGUUCUUCACCGACAUCCCUGAAGCUGUCAUCUGUGCCUGCCUCAAGGCGUUCAUCAGUUUGCCAGAUCUUGAUGCAGAGAAGUUGAGCCUGGAGCCUGACAGUCUCUCUUUCAUGGAAACUCUAAUAUCUAAAGAGCAUGGCCGAGUCGGCAUGCAGAACGGUUUUAGACCCCCUUCCUUUGAGGACCUCUCAGAUACCAAUAAUGACCAACAGACAAGUGUCCAAAAAGAGACUACCAAGAGUCCAUCACAACACGCUUGCCCUAUGGGAUCACAUAAAGCUGCUCUUUUAAAUGAAGUCCUGCAGACGGCGUACAGCGACACUUUCCUCCUCCCACACCUCAAGGAUCUCUCCUCUCAGCAUGUUGUUCUUUUCCUCAAGUACCUACAGUUUCUCUAUUUAAGAUAUUCCCAAGAUGAUUUUCCACAGACGCACAGCUUUAGAUCACCAAGUCUAAAUCAGAUCAUGGAUUGGGUAUGUAUGCUGCUGGAUGCCCAUUUUACAGUGCUAGUGAUGACCCCAGAGGCCAAAGAAAUACUGCUGAACCUCCUCAAUUUUGUUCGGGUUCAGGUGAGGCUGUUCUCAGAGCUUGGAAAGAUUGAGGGCAGCCUCCAAGAGCUCAACAAGAUGAAGGUAAAGAAGGACAUUGGACAAUACUCCAUUGAAGUCAUUGAGCUGUUUUAAAAAAGUGUAGAGAAUUGUUUUAAUCAAAUCUAACUUCUCCUUUUUUCGGUGAAGUGGUUUAGAGGCUGCAUAUUGUCAUGUGUCAAGUGCUUUUUGGCACAGAUGCUUCCUAUCAAAAAGGUUUUACGGUAUAAGACUGAAAAUCCUGAUGUGACUUGGACAUUAAAUAUGUUGCAGAUGUCUAUAAAGCCUUUUGUAAAAUUGUUUAAGGUGGUGGAAUUUUUGCCAUUCAAAUAAUACGUUUUGCAUGUUAGAUUCAGUCCACACAUGCCUGCAAGAGUAACUGUGGUUUAGUAAAAUACAUGCUAAAGCCACCUUGUACAACAUUAUGGUAAAAGUUUAUUUUUUUAUUAUAGGACUUUGAAACUUUAACCACACAAAUCAGUGUUCUUUUGUUUGUGUGUGCAUGUGUGUCCCAUCACAGCUGAAUAUUUGUAAAUCUGUCAGUUUUUACUGUUUCCACAUAAAAGACUUGUAUGUUGGAUAUAAAUAUAUAACAUGAGGAAAAAGA